AUGGAGAAGCUUGACAAAUUGGUGUCGAGGCUUGAGAAGGUCACUGCAAAACUAGAAAGCUUGGGUGCUUCAAGACCGCAACUCGCUCCGAAACCUGCUCAUCUUGGUGGAAGUGGUGGUGCUUCCGCUGACGCUCCACCCCAUGUGAAGGCGUACGAUUCUGCAUUAUCAGAUGUAGUCGAGAGAUGGGCUGGUCUUUCAAAGCAAAUUGGUGGCGACGUUCUCACGAUGAGUGAUAAAGUCAUGCAUGUGCUCGAAUCGCUGAAAAACUUCUUGUGGAUGGCAGCUGGCCGGUCAGAACCUUCUCCUGAUGAGGUCCAGAAGCUAUGUGCCCCCAUUGUUAAUCUUCUGAAAGAUAUA